CAAAAUAUCCGGAAAAUGGAAAAAGGCAGUUUUCCACCUUGAUUUUCUUAAUUUCUUAAUCCCAAAAGGUUAAAAAUGGACAUAGAAGCUGAAGAUGGAGCCCAAAGCCUUUUCAGCAGACACCAUGAUUUUAGUGACAACAGUCGACUGUCAGAUUAUUCCAGUCCAGAACAUUCAGAAAGUUUAAUCACAAAUUUCGAAACCUUCCGUAUUGAAGGAGGUUACAGUGAUGUCACUCUAGUUGUAGAUGGAAAACACUUCCCUUGCCAUAGAGUCAUUCUAGCAGCUGGCUCGAGAUAUUUCAAAUCAAUGUUUAGUUCUGGAAUGGAAGAAUGCAGGAAAAACAAGAUUGAUCUCCAGCAGGUUGAUUCUAACGUUUUUGAGUAUGUUCUUCAUUUUAUUUACACGGGACGUGUACAGAUCACUACGUCAAUAUUACAGGAUUUAUUCCAGCAGGCUUACAUGUUUCAGAUCGAACCAUUGGUGAAUCUAUGUGUUAAAUUUUUCAAAGAGAAUAUGAAUGAGUCUAAUUGUCUUGCGGCCUUGAUGUUAGCUGAUACUCAUGCACAUUCUCAGCUGUAUGAAAUUUCGAAAGAACUUGCAUGUUUUCAUUUCAAAACUAUAGUUAACGAUGAAGAUUUCUGUCGAUUAUCGCUACAGUGUGUCAUGGAUGUUCUUUGUGACCGAAGGCUGAGAUGUGAUGGAGAGCAUCAAGUUUUCGAAAUGGCCAUAAAAUGGUUAGAUGCUGAUGGGAAUGAAGGAAGGAGGAAGAAUUUUAGGUUUAAAAUUUUAGAGGCUGUAAAGUUUCCAAUGAUAAGGAAAGAAUACUUGCUCGACAUUGUUUCAAAAUCUCCUCAUGUUAUGCAAGAUGAAAAAGGACUGAAUCUUUAUGAAGAUGCUAUUACAUAUCACAUGGUUCCAAGCAGACGACAUAUGCUAAAUAGCUUUCAGAUCACUCCAAGGUUGACAAGUUCUAACCAUGAAACUGCAAUUUUACUUGGUGGAAGGCUGGCAGAUGGUCUUAGCAUUGAUGUAGAAAGUUUUAGAUCUGAUACUGGAGAAUUUACCUCAUUGAAGCCACUGCCAUUUAAAAAGCGCAAUGAAUUCACUGCCAGUGUGAUUGGAAAUGACAUAUAUGUAUCAGGGGGCUUGAGAAGUGCCGAAUUCUGGAAAUAUGACUCUGGCUUUGAGACUUGGUUAAGAGGACCAAGUUUACAAACUGCCCGAAGACGGCAUGCUAUGGCUGCCCAGCAGGAUAGUUUAUAUGUCCUCGGUGGAUUUGAUGAAGAUAUGGUCUUAAAGUCAGUUGAGAAAUGGACAAAUGGAUGUUCUUGGAUGCAAGCUGGUAGUCUGUGCCAUGCUGUUGAGAACAUGGGGUUUGUGGCCCAUGAUAAGCAUAUAUAUUUAUUUGGUGGUAAGAACAAUGACGAAAUCGUCACCAAUACAGUUCAGUGUUUCGAUACAACUACGGAAACAUGUACCAUACUGUCUCAACCACUGCCGGCAUGUGAUAUGUGUCUUGGUAGCACUGUUCUCAACAAACAGAUUUAUGUAAUAGGACUUGAAGGUGCAUUCCGUUAUACACCUGAAACAGAAAUUUGGGAAAUUCUACCAGAACUGAUAUGUCCAAGAGACUUUGUUAGCGUGGCUGUUAUUGAUGAGAAACUGUACACAUUUGGAGGAAGAAGACGUGGGGCUAAAGACAGACUGUACACAGAUAUAAUUGAGUGCUUUGACCCUAAAAAGAAUGCUUGGGAAAAAGUAGGAACAAUUCCAGUACCUAUGUAUUCAUAUGGCUGUGUUCGCAUUUUCUUGAAUGAAAAGCCUCAUUCUGACUAAAAUUACUAACAUGUACAUUAUGUAGUGAUUUUUUCACUGUCCAAUGUUAAUAAAAAAAACAUUUUUUUCAAGACAAUGAGGACCUGAUUUUUUUCACUGAGUAAUUAAUUUUACAACUUUAUUCUGUCUGUCAUGUCUGUUUCUGUCCAGAUUAAAUGAUCAUUGAGUGCAAGAAAUUAACUUUAUUCACGAGCAACAUUGCUUGUUUUAUAUUAAUUUAGCUAGAAAAAUAAUUUGUCUUGAUAGCAGACAACUGUUCAUUUACAAUCUGAAAUAUUUUUUUUUAUUUAUGAAAACUGUCCUUGGAAUUCAAAUUUCUUCACCCAGGAUAUUUUAUUCUAUGUAUACAAUAUGUUUAAUUGGACUUCGACAGGAAACAUGUCUUUAAAUUGCUGAAUCAUGACAUAUACAAAAGUGUAAUGUUUUAU